GUAUAUAUGGUACGUUUGUCUGGGUUUGUUUAUUCUCUGUACAUGUGAUUUAGCUCUCUCUUUUACUGUAUAUCGAUUGGAUCCACUCGUUCUGCGAUAGUCUAAUAACGUAACGGAACAAGAAACAAUUUCGAAUAAGAUUUAAAACAUGUCUUCUGCGAAGAGACAGAAGGUGGAACCUUCAUGGAAAGACAGUGUAACCAAGAAAGGUGAAUUUAAGCGCCAUGCAUCGGUGUUCCGAAACUGGAUAACAGCCGACGGGGAAUUUCAGCCGGAGUCGGGCCGCUACCACCUCUACGUUUCCCUCGCCUGCCCGUGGGCCCACCGUACACUGAUCUACCGCAAACUGAAGGGACUGGAGGAUGUCAUUGGAGUCACUGUGGUGGACUGGUUGCUCGGAGAUAAUGGGUGGUUUUUCUCUGAAGAUAAGCCAAAGACGUCACUCGACACUGUGAACAACUGUAAAUAUUUGAGGGAAGUUUAUGAACUAGCUAGCCCUGACUACUCGGGACGUGUGUCGGUGCCAGUCCUGUGGGAUAAGAAAAACAAAACCAUCGUCAACAACGAAUCUUCAGAAAUCAUACGCAUGCUCAACAAUGAUUUCAAUUCCUUCUCGGCCACCAAGAAACAACAAGAAUUGGAUCUAUGCCCUCCAGAUCUUUUGAAAGAUAUUGAUGAAAUCAACUCCUGGAUCUACGAGAACAUCAACAACGGUGUUUACCGAUGCGGGUUUGCGACAAGUCAGGAAGCUUACGAUGAAGCUGCCGUCAAGCUCUUUGCCGCCCUUGAUAGAGCCGAAGAAGUGCUGUCUAAAUCCCGUUACCUUUGUGGAGAUAAAAUGACAGAAGCCGACAUUCGACUCUUCACCACUCUCAUAAGGUUCGAUACAGUCUACGCCCACCAUUUCAAGUGUAACAAGAAGCGGAUCGUUGACUACCCGAAUCUUUGGGGUUUCACCAGGGAUAUUUUCCAGACGCCAGGUGUAAGUGAGACUGUAGAUCAAGAACACAUCCAGAAGCACUACCAAGUGAGCCAUAAUAGCAUCAACCCACAUCGCAUUGUGGCCAUCGGUCCAGAUCUUGACUUCAAUAGUCUUCACGGCAGAGAUGUCCAAUUCCAGAAAUAGGUCGAGCCCGUUUUCACAUAAUGUGUGUACUUUAUCAUCUUGACAUUGUCUUCAAAAGUGCAGGAAUGAUCAGAUUUAAUUAAUAAUGGUGACAGUACUUACAGACAUUUGAUCAUUCAAUAAGAGACUUAUUUGCUUGGUGUUCGAUUUUUGUUUAAAAUCAUAGUUAUGUUUCUAUAUAAUCAUGACAUACAUUUCAUACCAUAAUAAAGAUAAUAAUAAAGUUGUAAUACCAACAUGAUUUAUAGGAUCGCAAGGAGUACCCAUUUGGAUAGCCUUUAAUGUCAAACAGUCUCAUUCUGAAAUUAAGACUGGCACACUUAUGAAUUAAAGAGUAAUGCCUACUCUAUAUCAGCAGUGUACUUCUAGCUUUAAAUAUUUGAUCUUUAUUUGAUGCUGUGCGUUGUAUUUUGACCAUGGAAAUUUCUAUUGGAUGUCAAAGUCACCUUGAUAUUACAAAUUUAUUAUCAUUAUUAUUAUUAUUAUUAUAAUCAUUAUUCAUACAACGGGGCACUAUAUUGUCAUUAGUUUUGUGUUUAAAAUCUGGAAUUUGAAAAGAUCUUGUUUAGUGUGAGUCUUGUAUUGUAUUGAUUCAAUCGAAUGCAUUGCAUCGAAAUAUUUGUUGUUUAUUUUGUUUCCGAAGGUAAAAGAUGUAUACUUUCUUGCGUCGUUUUAAACCAUGCACUUCCAAAAUAGAGGUUAAGUAAAUAAUGCCUUUAAUCAUAUUCGUUAUCACAUGCCCGAUGACUCUGCAACUUUGAAACAAAUGUACAAUAUCAGGGGAUCGUUUCAUGCAAGGACAUAUUGGACGUUUUAUCCGGCAAGUACUGUUUUUCCGACAGUUAUUAUGGUAACAGUGACUCUCAGCCAAUCAUUAUCAAGGAAAGUUGUAAGAUCUGACAACUUGUCGGGCGAAAAUGUUGAUGAAACGCUCCCCAGGACGAAUCGAUAUGCAUGUAAAACCGAGUAGACCUCUAUCAGCGAUCGGGUGGUGAAAAUAAAAUAUUAUUUGUACAUUCCAUCCAUUGUACCGUCAAACUCCAAGUGCACACAUAUUACUAACGGUACGUUAAUUGUUACAGAUUAGCCAUCUAGGGGACAUUGGUGUAUAAUUGGUACUUGAUAAUAUCAACUGAAUCCUUGAUUGUGAUAUUGAACAUAAUUACCAUGGUAGUUGCCAUUGGAUAGUAUUGCAAGGAGGUUUAAAAUACAUUGUUACCACCAAGUUAUUUUUUUUGCAGCGGUGCCCGGAUCUCUUUCAAUAAUUAUUUUUAUACGGAAUUUGAAAUGAUUAUCGUUAAGAAUGAAAUUUAGUAUAAAGAAUAAAAUACCUCAGUAUGAAACUGAAAUUGGUUGGAGAUGUACUAUGUCAAAUGGUGGUUUAACUUAUAAAUCUAUAAUAUUUUGUUCUUAGCCUAUUCACAUAUUGUCCAGUCUUUAAGUGAUAAGAAAAAUGAAAGAAUGUGCCAUGAUAUUCUCUCAUUUGAAAAAUACAAAAGCAAAUUGAA